UUCAAAACUUCAACAUAUCCACUUAGUUGAAACUUUCAAACUUUCGAAACAUGAAAGACUAUAAAUCUUGUAAAUUGAUAUCUAUCAAAUACAACAAAUGAUUACCUUAAGGGAAUAUACGGGAAGCUGGGUUUGAGUUGGAUUAUUUGUAUAUGUAUGUAUGUAUAGUUUGCUUUAUUCAAGUGGGCGAAUACUUUAAAUCACACCUGUUGAACAAUUGAUGAAAAGAUAAUUUUAUCGGUAAUGGAGUCUAAUUUAAGUUAAAAUGGUACAUAUGCGGAGUAAACCUUACAUUUAUGAUACGUUGGAUAAAUCGAACUAUCAAUAUAUAAGAUUAAAGAACACCGAAGAAAUGUCAUUUAAUGCAGAUCUACAUACCAAAAGGAUAAUGGAGCUAUGAUAAAACCCUUCAGCAAGGGGUAUAGAUAAGGAGAUGGGUUGGUGAAUUACAAUGGUUGCUGUAGAAAUCUUCAAGUACCCUGAGCCAGGGACACAUGAUUGUAUGGGCGAACACAUUAGUGAAUCUUAUCAAGUGAUAUAUGUUCAAUUUUCUUGAAAGAAAUUAGCUCUCGAUAUUAAACAUCCGUAAGGUCAUACAAGUACUUUCAAUUUUGAGAAAUGUAUAUUUGAGGUGAAAUCAAUAAUCAUUAGCAUAUAAAUCCACAAUCGUGAUAUUUUUUCUGGUGAACUAUGCUUUUAUUAUGAUGAUAUCAUGUGAUUUUAAACAAGAAAAAUGUGACAGAACAUUUGCUUGACUCAUAAUGGGAUGAAGAUCAUGUCGUCUGUCACCAAACAACCACUUCAGAAGAAACGCUCGUUCGGUCUCGUUUCCCAGAACUCGUUUGAGCUCGAUGCCACGAGACUUCUCGCGAUAAUCUCGGGAGAAGAGAACGGUAACCCAGGCAACGAAAAAGAUGUGAAAAUAACUCGAUCGACACUGGCAAGGAUCUCAAAGGACCUUAACCUGACGGAUCAGGAAGUAGACAUUAUCUUCACCGCACUUGACAGUGACGAGGAUGGAGUGAUUACGUCAGAGGAACUCCGUAAGAAGGCGCUGGAACGGGAAAACCCCCUUGUGUUUGAAAAGUGCCCGGAUGAAGUGGAUACCCUCUCAGAACUGGGUGAUGACCUCACAUUAUUUGCUGAUGAUUGCCAGGAGCAGGUUGUUGAUUUGUAUCAGCAGUUACACCAGACCAGAAAUCCGACUCUCCUCGAAACGUUCGAGGCCGUCAUCCUCAGCGUCCUCCGCGACCUCAGACAGCAGACCGUCGAGAAUGACAGAUUGGAAAAAUCAUUCAAAAGAGAAAAGGAGCAGCACGAGCGCCACAUGCGGCAGAUGGAGGACGAGAUGGAGGUCCAGGUACAGCGAGUGGAGCAGCGGGCCAGGCACUCCGAGGAAGAGAAGAAGGAGGCGGAGAUGGCUUCUAUGCGGGAGAAGGUUCAGGAGGAGAUAACCAUGCUCCAACAAAAUCUAAAGAAACUGCAGCAGGAGGGACCGGAAGUGAAAAAUAGCGAAAUCGAGGAGCAGUUGCUGCACCUAAAGGGCCAGGUGGAGGAAAUGACAUUUGCCAACCGACAGCUCCGCUCUGAUCUGACAGACGCACAGACGAACCUCGCAUUAGUCAAGGGGGAACUAGCUAACACCAAACAACAGAUCAGCGACAAGGCGCAUGAGGUUGAAAUGGAGAAGGAGACAAUCUGCGAGUACCAGCGAGAACAGGAGAACCUCACUCGCCAGCUCCACCUCCUACAUGACGCAAACAAGCGCUUGCACGAUACAAACGACGACCUCCGGGAGGCCAUGGAAGCAGCUCGCCGGGCCUCUCCCAUCCGACAACAGUCUGUCUCGUCAAACGCGAGCACGGUGCGGACGACGAACACGAUGCCGGACUACAGGCGAGGCUCCCUGAUGAGCGAGUACUUCCAAAGCACACCACUUAUCCGGUCACGGAUGGGUUCCACGACUUCCCUGGUGGAGGAGCCGGAGCCUGCGCCCGUGAACGUUCAGCAGCUGGGCCGUGGCGCCCCGCGGCAGGUGUCCGUCAAGCUGCCACACCAGGACACGUGCGAGUCAGACGGCGGUGUCCUCGAGGAUAUAGACAGUGGCCACUCGACGUUACGGGAGGGGAAUGACGUAGAUGGUGAGCAGGACACGGCCUUCUUACAGGACGCCGAGACCAUGCAUCGGCUGCUAGCCGCCAGACGCACCCGCCGUCCCCGUUCUAGUCAACCGACUCUACUCGAGGACGAGACCCUUGAUGACACAGAAACAGAAUCUGAGUUUCCACAGGAGCUAGGCGACGGACGUCUCUACCGGCACGUGUUGAACGACAGCCGCCGCCUCGGAUCCGCCAGCAGCCGGUCGUCAUCCUCGCGCAGCUCACGGUCACGUGACGCCAACCGACGUCAAAGCACGUUGACGCAAGACAACACAGCACGACUGAGCAAGGAGCCUGAGCGGAUGUUCAAGGUGGUUCUGGCCGGGGACGCUGCCGUCGGCAAGUCGAGCCUCAUCAUGCGCCUUUGUAAGGGAAAAUUCUACGAGAAUCUCAGUUCCACGCUCGGCGUGGAUUUCCAGACGAAGAUGAUCGAGCUUGACGGCCGCACGGUGGCGCUGCAACUCUGGGAUACAGCGGGCCAGGAAAGAUUCCGCAGCAUCGCCAAAUCCUACUUCCGGCGUGCUGAUGGCGUGCUCCUGCUAUAUGACGUGACGUACGAACGCUCGUUCAUGAGCAUCCGGGAGUGGAUGGAUUCUAUUGAGUCUUCACAGGACGGGUCGAUCAAGAAACUACCCAUAAUGCUUUGCGCGAACAAGACGGACAUGCGCACUGAGGCUGACCAGCAGGGCCGGAAGACCGUCAGCUAUGACGACGGACAGAGGCUUGCUAGGGAAUACUGUGCCCUGUUUAUCGAGACAAGCGCCAAAGACGGCACCAAUAUCGGGGAGGCGGUCAGUGAACUGACCAGACUGAUGCGGGCCAAUGAGGACCUGGAGGUAAAGACAUGCGGCUUGCAACUCCACGACAAGGCGGCGGAGCGGAACAAUGGAUGCUGCAGCCGCUGAUAAACCAACCCCUCUCCCCAAAAUCUCUCCCCCAUUCCCUACUUUACAGUUAGCACGCCAAAUGCUUUUUAUCGGCAGGCUUAAAUAAGGGGUUCGAAAAGUGAUGAACAUAACGUAAUUGUGAAGAUGUGGAUUAUUAGAGGAUUUCUCUUGUUAAGACAUGGCACAUUAUGUGUACCCUGGUGUUUAUUUGACUCGUAAAUCUAUAAUUUUAGUGAAAAAUGAACAUUUGCGAUUCCCAGCAGGCAUAUAGGAUAUGGCUUGUAAGGGAACCAGUGGUAAAAUGUACCAGAAAUAUUGACUAUUUGGUGAAUAAUAUUUAUAUUGUUAGAAUUGUAUCCUUUUACAUUUUGCAAUAUAACAAUUUGCAAUAUCAUUUUCAAUAUGUCUUCCAAAUUCCGAAUGUACAUAUAAUGGUUAAAUGUAUAUAUGAACAUGUCUUCACACAUAGUAUAUUCUUUACACUUUUUAUUUAUUGUGUGUUUGUUGUUAAGAAUGAUUUUUUUUUCUUUCUAGUCUUCCAUUAAGAAAAUAAUGUCCUCUCAUUGAUAAUAUAUGCAUUAUUCUUCACUUAUAAACAUACCGUGUGCUUGAAUUCUGCCCUUGCUCUUUUGGGGCCUAAACUUCAUAAGAAAUACAAGAAGGUCAAACGAUUAUAUAAACUAUUGUACGGUAUGAUCUUAAAUAUACAUAAUGUGGAUACAGUUGCCUCAUAUAUUGUCUUAUUACGAUGGUGAAAUAAAUUGCAAGAGUCUACAGCUUA